UCUUCCGUUGAUGCAGGCAGCAGUGCAGAACGGAAGCGGGACUCGAGGUCGAGUAUUAAAAGUAGCUUCUCGCGGAAGCAAAGAAUGAAUGAAUUCUUGGAGCCUGGAAAAAGGAUACGACCUGACAUAAAUAAAGAGGCUGCAGCAGAGUUGGCAUACAAAUUAUAUGGGCUACCAGAAGUAACAGUUACUGAACUCAAUGGUUAUGAUGAUAAAAAUUUCCACUUAAAGGUGAAACAUGUGGAUGAAGAAGCAGACAUUUGGUGCCAUGGAUAUGUCUUGAAAGUUAUAAAUUCACUGGACUCUACUGACACAUUAGCUAUUGAUGGACAGACUGAACUUCUUCUGUACUUGGAAGAACAAGGCUUUGUGUGCCCAGUACCGGUGAAAAAUCUAAAAGGAGCGUUUUACUCAAAGGAAACAAUUUCAGACAAAGAACAUGCUGUGAAAUUGUUGAAGUAUCAGCCAGGUUCCCUCUUUCACGAGAUACCAGUGACAAAUCAACUGCUACAACAAGCAGGCAAUUACAUAGCUCGGCUAGAUCUUGCGAUGCAGGGAUUUCAACAUAAAGGAUUUGAGAAUCGCAAAAAUAUAUGGCUAUUACAGCAUUGUCCACUGGUACUGAAACUAUUGUUUGCUGUUCCAAAUGAGAAUAAUAAGAGUCUGGUAACAGAAGUUAUCAAGUCAUUUGAAGAAAUCGUUCUCAGAAAUCAAGAAAAGUUGGAGAAAGGGUUAAUUCAUGGUGACUUCAAUGAGCAGAACAUACUUGUUAGUAAGGGGUCUGAGGGUGAUAUCUGGGACAUAUGUGGAAUAUUAGAUUUUGGAGACAGUCAUGUAUCAUUCUAUAUAUUUGAACUUUCAAUUGCUGUUUGCUAUAUGAUUCUGCAAGCAAAGGAACUUGACCCAUUCACUGCAGGAAGACAUGUUAUUUCUGGCUACACUAAAGUAAAAAGGCUUCCUGCAAGGGAACUUGAACUUCUGAAGGUCUGUGUGUGUGCACGUCUCUGCCAAAGCCUUGUAUUAGGUGCAUACUCAUACUCCAUAGAGCCAGACACUUAUCUGUUGGUAACAGCAGCCCGUGGAUGGGACAUGCUCAGACUGUUGUGGAAUACAUCAGAUCACAAGAUUAAUCAGCGAUGGAUAAGUGAAGUAACAGCACCACAGGGACGGUGAUUAUUAGUAGAGAUGAAGCAUGUGUGUGUUCUGCUAGAAGUGCUUUAUUUUUCUGAAAAACUGAAGUGUUUUUUGUCUUAUAAGGCACAGCCUAAAAAUAAAACAUAAGUUUAGCUGCUUAGAUUUUUUUAAGUGUAAACAACAACACGAGUCUGACAGCUAACAGAAGUAGCCGUUUAUAACUGAUUUAUGUAUUUAUUUGUUUAUUUUUAUUUAGUCCCAUGACAUUUUGUUUAAAUAUAGGACAAGUCAAAAUAUAAUGCAGAGAUAAACAUUACAAAUUUUCACGUAAGGGAAAUGCAGAAAUUAACCAUUAUUUCACAUUAAAUAUAAGAAAUAUUUACGACAUUUAUAAUUGAUAUCCCAGAAAUGAUUCCUACAGACAAUACAGUUAGACAAGACAUAUGCAUGAAGACAUUUAUAUGUUAAGACAAUUAACAAAUUAAUCAUGAUUACCCAUUUAAUCUUAGUAACGUUUACUAUAUAUAUAGUUGAUAUCCUACAAACGAUUCCUAUGACAAUAUGGUUAGACAUUAUCAUAUUUAUACAUUUGUUAUACAUAUUUGCUGUUUGAUGUUUCAUAUUUCUCAGAGGUACCAAAGCCUAUGUCACAUAGGAUUGCACUUCCGUGCAUAGAGGCAGAGCAGAAAGGAAGCAUGGAGGGGAUGAGAAAUGUGCAUGCAUGGCAGCAGAGAGUGGGCAAACAAAGUCCACAUUGCCAAACUGCAUUGCUGCGGAUAACAGUCAGGCUUAUUUGCAUAUGGUACAUUGUAUUAUAUGUUCAGUUCUGUGAGGGGAAUAAUAAAUACUGAAACCAA